AUGUGUGUUACUUUUUUUCUUUUUUCGUUAAAUAAAUUUCAAUGUACUAACUUCUUUGAAAAUAUCCAUUUAUACAGUAAUCUAGGUCUAAAUAUUGCCUAUAGAGUCUUAGAAAAUCACAAAGAUAACUCAAAAAUUACUUUCGUCUUAUCUUCAAGGACUGAAGCUCGUUUUAAAGGAGCGGCGAAAUUGAUAGAAACAUAUGCAAACUCAUUAAAUCCCCCCAGGACAAUACAAUGUAACCCACUAAUUUUGGAUCUCACAGAUAUGCAAAGCAUACUGGGUGCCACACAACAGUUGAGACAUGACUACGAUCAUAUCAAUUAUUUGUUUGUUAAUGCAGCUCAAGGUGUCUGUGACGGAAUCAAUUGGUUUAAAGCUGCUAAAGAAUUUGUAGUUAAUCCAGUGAAAGCCGUUACUGAUCCAGGAUACAGGAUUGAAAAUAAAGGCCUAAAAUCUAAAGAUGAAAUGGGAUACUUAUUUCAGGCAAAUGUUUUUGGUCCUCAUUAUCUAAUUUACAAAGUGUUAAAGUUACUCGCCCUUGGGAGGGCCACGAUUGUAUGGGUCUCAAGUAUUAGAUCAAAGCCUGCAUCGUUGGCAAUGGAUGACCUAGAGCUGUUGAGAUCUGAAUCACCUUAUGAGAGCUCAAAACGAUUGAUAGAUGUUCUACAACUAGCAACUUAUAAAGAAUUGAAAAAUCUGGAUAUAUACCAGUAUGUUGUACAGCCUGGUAUCUUUAUUAGCCAGGCAACAGCUAAGCACUUGAAUUGGUUCACAUACUAUGGUAUGUUAUUAAUGUUCUAUAUUGCUAGAGUGUUAGGAUCUUAUUGGCAUAAUAUCGACGGUUACAGAGCAGCCAAUGCUCCUGUUUAUGUUACUACAUUUUUAGAUCGAGACUUCGAGCGCCAGGACAUAAAAUAUGGCUCCGCUACCUACUCUGAUGGGGUAGAAUAUAUUAAACCGCAGGAGAUAGAUCCGGAAGGUAAGAUGGAGGUUUACGAAUUCUUUAAAGAUAAAAGAUCAGAAUGGGACAGAAAGUUAAAUUGUUAG